CAAUAAUAAAUUUCGCUGCAGUACAUGGCAGUCGAUUUCUUAUCUGAUAAGGUUGUGAUGAGUUAAUAUUUCCAAUUAUAUGUAAACUUUUACGCUGUUGACGAUGCAGUUUCUAAAUGAUCAAAGAAAAAAAUCUAGCAGUAAAUAGUAUACGACACUAAUAAAGGAAUUAAAAACAUCAGAUUUACAGCUAAAAUCAAUAACCCAGACGGUAUCAUAAAUCAACAUUUUGCCGCGAGAUGGACGGCCCUUUAAGAGUUGCGUGACAUGAUUUCCCUAAUCAGUCGACGUUAGGCAGUCAAGGAAGAAGGAAGUGCGCUUCGUCUGCAGACCCCCGGAACAUCCAUACAGAGAUCACAAUUUACAAUGGACUACGAUGAAAGAACGAAAUCCUGUCACGCGCUCGUCACGGAGGAGGCGGUGCAGGAGGCGUUGAAGGCAGACAAGGGCGUCGAGGCUCAACUCACGUCCUGGAGGAUCGAGGACUUCACCAAAUUCGGCGACAAUUAUGCCUCGAUCGUCACCAGCGUCGUCGUUAGCUUCGUUCUGGACGGCGUAGAUGAACAGACCUCGUACGUUGUGAAGGUCAACCCCUGCCAUAGCUACCAGAACAUGGAGGGGGCAACGAACAUCGGAUUUGUGAAAGAAGCCGAGUUCUACGGCAAGCUCCUUCCUCGGCUCAAUGCGGCGAUGGAGGAAGCAAGUCUCAAGACCUUGCGCUUUCCCAAAUAUUAUCACAAUUGCCUCAAAGUGGGCAAAGAGCUCCUCUUUCUGGAAGAUUUGCGACGGCGAAACUUCAAGAUGUAUGACCGUCGGAAGGGCCUGGACGUCGCGCACGCAAGCCUCGUGUUGGAGGAGCUGGCCAGGCUCCAUGCUGCGUCCCUGUUGCUUCAGAACAAGGACCCAGAGUAUUUCCAAAACACCCUUCUGAACAGGGACUGGGCUAAUGCGUUUGAUGGUGCCAUAGCCGUGGACGUAAUGUUCGGAGGGCAUUUCGACAAUACGGUGGCCAUGCUUGAGAAAAUUGGCGGAUAUGAAACAGCCAUACAGUGGAUUCGAAGUACCAAGCCAAACAUAAGAGAAAUCUUCACUGAACAGCUGGAACCAAGCAAGUAUCAUGUCUUGUGCCAUGGGGACGCCUGGAACAACAAUUGUCUUUUCAGAUACAACGAAGGAGGUGUCCCUGAGGAAGUGAUGUUGGUUGACCUCCAACUAAACCACAGAGUCUCUUUUGGCAACGACCUCAACUACCUCCUGUACACGAGCCUCACGGGUGACGUCAGGAAGCCCAACCUGGACGCCCUCCUGGAGACGUACCGAGGCCACUUCAACGCCGUGAUGGAGGCCGGAGGAGCAGGGGGCGAGGGGCGUCUCAGCGAGGCCGAAGUCUUGCAGGAAUUCCGGAGCAAGAAUAUCAUCGGUGCAAUUUUCGGAAUGAUGGCUGUCAACUUCGUCCUCAUGGACCCCCAGUCUUUGAUGAAUUAUGCAGAACGUGACGGGGCAGAACAAGAUAAAGGUGAAAAGGACCUAAACAAAGAUUUGGAAAACCUGAAGAAAUAUUUUAUGUCCAUGAUUGACACUAAUCCGUACAUACGACCCCGACUGCUUGCUAUGUUCGACGAGUUCAAAGAGUGUGGACUCAUCCCCACGUGAAGGAGUUUGCACUGUGCGAAGACCUUCGAGCAAUCUCUUCUGGCAGUGAACCCGAAGCUUGAAAACUAUAUGUAGCUUUAGUGUAUCCUGUUAUUAUACGUAUGUCAUGUACCACAAGUAAUAUACGUAGAUCUUGAUCUGUCUGUCUGUAAUCUAGAUCUACCUAUCUAUCACACGCACACGCACACACACACACACACGCACACGCACACGCACACGCACACGCACACGCACAC